UUAAUCCGCCUAUGCGAAUGGAGUAGAGUGUCCCGUGUCGGAAAGUCACCCCUACUGUUCCAGCAAACUGGUAACAUUACAGUAGAUCUGAUUAUUUAUUCCUAUCAGAGGACAUGGGAGGCACUGAAAGUACGGGGAGGAAGGUGUCUUUUGGUCUGAACGAAGACGACAACGUUACUGUUUUGCAAGGAAUUAAGUUGUCUGAAGAUGUUCGUCAAAGGAUGCGGGAGGCGAGUGAGUCUUCAGAAAAGCCCCAGUCCACAAAAGCAGAGAGUCGUAAGCCUGACUCAGGGGGACAUUCUGCAGCUGGGAUGCCAGAGGAACUAAGAAAACGGUUCGAGCUGGAGCAGGCUCUGCUGCGGGAGGAGUUGGCACGUAUCACCCGCAGAGAGAAAGCGUCUGUGGGAGACGAUGUGAACCCUGCUGUUCUCCAAGAAAGAGUCAGAGCCGAAGAGGAGCAGAAGAAUGUGCAGAACUUGCAGCCAGCUGAGCUGAACGCUUGGGCCAAGCAGCUAGCGAGGAAAGACGCUGAACUGAAGCAUCUGGCUGCAUUCUACAAAGAGCAACUGCAGCUCAUGGAGAAUAAGAAUAAAGAGUACUACCAGCAGGCAGCCCAGAUGUACAACGAGGCAGCAACUCAAGCUAGUGCCAACAUCAAGCCGAGGAACACAGUUCCCAUUUGUUCAGAGAUGCAGUCUAAGGUGCUGAACUGUUUUCAAGAGAACAGACAUCAGACUCUGCUCUGCUCCAGCCUGGCAAAGGAAUAUAUGAACUGCAUUAAUUCAGCCAAGAAGAACAUACUGGUCAACCAUGGAUCAUGAAGACGAGGGUGAUGAAGAUGACGCAUGAGGAAGAGGAAGAGGGCGACACCAUAAUUCACCCCUUAAAUCCAACAGUAUAGUUUUUAACACGCACGUGUGAGAGCGAAUAUGGAGGACUACGAGCAUUCCUGCAAACACUUUCUUUUGUUUAUGUAUAUAUAUUAAAGAAAUGUUCAUAUGUGUGUGACAGAAUUCCCUCUUCAGCUGUGGAGUGAGGGGGAUAUUAUCUUGGUGCACGUGUGUGUGUGUGUUUGCAGAGAUGUUGAUUUGCUGGGAUAUAGUUGUCUUGACGGUGGCACAUCUCACACAAUAAAACAUCUGCAACGCCAGUCA